ACUCGAAUAAAUUUAAGUGGGGGACCAUCGAGAAGAAAAAAACAAUCAUAUACUCCCUAUAAGGUAACUGGUAAUUACUACAAGUAGAUAUUUAGCCUCGUCCAACCUCAAAAACCACAACUUUUUCAUGAAACAAUUAGACAAAAAUCUAUAGGCUGUGGUCCUUAAUCUCCCUAGAGUUGAAUAAACAGAUCAAAGACUCAAGGUAAAGAUCUACCAAAUCCUGAAAGAUACAAUUCUAUAAAUAGUGCCAUAAACAAUUAUACAGCCCUUCAUUCAUUAUGUUUCGUGUACCUUUUCAAUUCAAUACCGCGUAUAUAAAAAUAAAAAUUAAAAAAAAAAAAACCGUCCCUUAAUUAUAACGCCGACGCUCCUCAAUGUCACAACGUCUCUCCCUUUGUCCCGCAUAGUAUAUACUUUGCCGUUGACUAAAACUCGUUGAAUUUAAUGGGGGCAAACUAUUUGUAAAAUGUAACAGAAAUAUAAAAUAUCCUAACAAACACCCGAUCAUAUCUGUGAUCUGUCAUCCUUUUAUUCCUUUCCUUUCCCCACAAAUUCUUCUCUCGCUUUUUUUUUUUCUUUCUUCCUCUCUUUCACCAAAAACAGAAGCAUUAGUUAGCUGAUUAAGAAAACAAAGAAUGGGAAACGCCUUAAGAUUUCUGUACAAGAACUGCUGUCAGCCUUCAACCACAGACUCGCAUCCGCACGGCCACCACGGUGUUCCUACCCAAAGUGUCGGAGUCUCGGCCCUUGCGCAGGAUCUUCUCUACUUUGAGGCCACAUCCCAGGUGCCUGAAGGGCUCAGUAAGCAUGUUGUAUCGUCGAAGAAAGCUCAGUCUAACUGGUACAGAAAACUUCUACAAGCAUGGAAGGAUGCCAAGCCCCCACCAAGAACCCCGGAGGAAACAGCAAGGCUCGUCACCGCGACCUUGAAAGGACACCAAAAGGCAGAUGUGGAGGGCUUACUUGCCUUCUACAACCUGCCUCAUCCUCAUACAUUAGUUGAUCUCCCUACUGGAGCGCCAUCUGUGUACCCUGGUGGGGUGAAGUACGAGCUCCAUACUUUACCGGUGGAUGUAAAGGCAGUAGCAGACGGAGAUACCAUAACUGUAUAUGUAAGUACUGCAGAUCCUCGAGAGUCAUCUUCAGUUCCUAAAGAAGUGCAGGUUGCAGCAAUUGAAAGAGCAAAGGCACGUGCUCAGAAAAACUAUCCCAAGGCCGAUGCACUCCAUAAGAAAAUAAUCGAUCAGAAUUACAGGGUUAUUACUAUUCAAAAUGAGGAGGUUCUGGCCAAAAAGUACCGAAUUCGAUUGAGGGGAAUAGAUGCACCUGAGAGUGCAAUGCCGUACGGGAAGCAGGCAAAAGAGGAGCUAGCAAAUCUUGUACAAGGAAAGAGCUUAAGGGUUCUUGUUUAUGAAGAAGACCGUUAUGGUCGUUAUGUAGGGGACAUCUACAGCAAUGGCAUAUUUGCACAGGAAGUGAUGCUGAAGAAGGGAUUAGCAUGGCACUACGCAGCCUAUGACCGCCGUGCAGAGCUAGCUAAUUGGGAGAAAGAGGCACGUGCUAAGAGGGUAGGGCUAUGGGCUUCGAAAAAUCCAGAGGAGCCAUGGGAAUGGAGAAAAGACCGACGUGAAGGAAGAUAGAUAAAGCAUAGUGAAAGUGAUAAUCAUAUUACAAUGCCUCAACUUCAAUGGAAGCAGUAUGAAUGAAGACAAACAAAUAAUCAGAGGAGCAUUGAUGUUGUACAACAUUGGUUUUGUUGAAUAAUAUGUAUAUCAGUGUAUAUGUUGAUCAAUUCUCCUGUAUUUUAGCAGUAUCAAUACAAGGCAAUUAAAACUUCUGGCCAACAAA